UGGUGAUUUAUCUGGUGAUUGAACUAAAAAUAGCAGAGACUUACUGCAACAGGUCUGUGGCUGAAUUUGGGUGGCAAAAGCUUAGGGGCAGAAGGAUAAAUGAUUUUAGCAAAUUAAGUCAUUACAGGUUUUGUUUACUGGGAAGCUGCUUUAGAAGGCCUUAAAAGCUAUCAUAGUUUAGCAGAAAGACAGGCUAAACUGGACUUUGUGUAUGUGUGCCCCAGUUUAUCCACAGAAGUAGCUUUUUUGAGAACUAACUGAUGUUUAGGCAGGACACCAAAUCCCUUAAUAAUACUAUCAGGUAGCUUUAAGUCUGGUGUGAACUUCUAGCUAAAAAGGUUUGUUCUAGAAUUUUUCAGUCUAAUGAUAUUAAUUCUGCUUUAAUAUAUGCAUGUUAAACCACUAGUAACAAAAGAUACGUUGGUAAAUCACCAGUUUUAACAACAACAAAAAAUAAUCACAAGUUUUUGGAAUUUGAUAGUUUAUAUUGCAAAAAGAAAUUGCUUGGAAAAUCAUGUUUGUGGCCUUUUGGUGGGAAUCCUACUGAUCUCUUGAAUUCCCAUCGUAAGAGUCAGCUAAACUGGUGAUACUUUUCUGUCCUUUCCUGUGCAGGAGAAAAAUCACACAUUUUUUAAAAUCCUGAGUUUCACUAGAUGGCAGCAUCUCAAUAUUUCAACAGGAAAUUACGUUAGUCUAGAGAAAUUUAGCAAAUCCCAACAAGCACAGUAAAAAAAAAAAAGCCCAUAGAACUUCCUUUUGUACAAGGGUCGGUAAAUAUAACAAAGCUCUUUGAGAUCUCUUGGUCAGCACCAUGGGGCGGCUGGAUGGGAAGAUCAUCCUUUUGUCUGCAGCAGCACAGGGCAUUGGCCGAGCAGCUGCUAUUGCUUUUGCUAAAGAAGGAGCCAAAGUCAUUGCUACAGACAUCAAUGAGUCAAAACUGCAAGAACUGGGGAAAUGUCCAGGCAUUCAAGUACGGGUUCUGGAUGUCACCAAAAAGGAGCAGAUCGAAAAUCUGGCCAAGGAGAUUGAAAAGAUUGACGUCCUCUGUAACAUUGCAGGGUUUGUUCAUCAUGGAACCAUUCUGGAGUGUGAGGAGCAAGACUGGGACUUCACGAUGAACGUCAAUGUUCGCAGCAUGUACCUAAUGAUAAAGACAUUCCUUCCAAAGAUGCUUAAACAGAAAUCUGGAAAUAUUAUAAAUAUGUCUUCUGUGGCAUCUAGCAUCAAAGGAGUUGUGAACAGGUGUGUCUACAGUACUUCAAAGGCAGCAGUUAUUGGGCUAACAAAGGCUGUAGCUGCUGAUUUCAUUGAACAAGGCAUCCGAUGCAACUGCAUAUGUCCUGGAACUGUUGACACACCAUCUUUACAGGAAAGAAUCCAAGCCCGGCCUAAUCCAGAACAGGCACUGAAAGACUUUCUAGCCAGACAGAAAACUGGCAGGAUGGCUACUGCAGAAGAAGUGGCCCAUCUCUUUGUGUACUUGGCUUCUGACGAAUCUGCCUAUGUGACUGGUAAUGAAUUAAUCAUCGAUGGAGGAUGGAGCUUGUGAUUGACUCUACUUGCAAAUGGAAAUUCAUAUUAUGAUGGGCAAAAAAUGAGGAUGGUGUUUCUUGCAAAGAUUGAGAUCAUGCAUGUGAUGUCUUUCCCAACAAAUUUGCUAUCUCUAGAUUGAUCUUACUGAUUAACUUUUCCUUAAAUAGAGAAACACUGGAGUAAAA